ACUAAGCGAGACAAUUAACCUCGUCCGGAGCAGACUUGUUCACUCGAGUAAGUUACAGUGGUAGCUCGAUCAGGGGGGAUUGAUUUAGACACGUUGAUGGAACGGAAUUCCCUUAAUCCUGCUUCGUGUAACACCCCCUGACCUAAAAGUUACCCCCAAAAACCUGCAAACACACUGGCCCUUUGCCGAUAACACUGACCGCCUUCUGACAUACUCCCAUGCUCUAGGUGGAGCUUGUGUUAAAGUAUCAGGAAAUACCGCGGAGAAGCGUGGUAGUUUUGGUGGUACUAUUGUUGUAGUGCACAUUUUCAGUAGGGGAAAUAACUAGUUAUUUGUCAAUAUGUUGGCUUCCACUGAUUUCCAGCUUCAGAUGACUUCUAUUAUGGACAUUUUAGCGAAAGCGGCUGUGGCAGAAAUCUGUAAGCUUUUCGAGGAUGGAUCAGCGGCGUGGAAAAUGGAGAUAUAUAAACACCAGAAGGAGAACGAAGCGCUCAGGACGAAACUGCAGCUGAUGGAGAACCAGCUGUGGACGUCACGGCAAUGCGAUCAGCACCAAGAGAGGUUGCAAGAAAGUUUCCAGUCAACAGCCACACAGGAGAGUUUGCCUGAAAUCAAGACUGAGAGUACUGAAGCAGACGUUUCAGCUGUGGAUUUACAAGGUUCUGUGCAGUCCAGACCUCUGCAUAACACUGAGGAUCUGAUUACCAUCGAGUCUCAACACACUUUUGAGGACCGGAAACCACAUCCAACAUCAGUGCACCACCAUGUGCCAGAUCAGCGGACUAUGGAAGCUGCCUUAAAGGGCGACCCUGAAAGGAGGCCCUCCUUCCAGAGCCCUGAGCAGGGGGUACCAGAGCACCAGGGUGUCGGGGCUUCAAAGCGCACUGACUGUGGGCAUCAGGUGAGCAAACGAGAUGCUGAAGAUGAAGACGAAGGUCCAUGUGCCCCAAGUUUUACUGAAGACUGUGCCGUCAUUGAAAUGGAGAAUCUGCCCUUUGACUCUGCACAUGAGAAAUACGGCCCCACAGAAUGGACAUCCACAGGAGAGUCUAUCUCAAAGACCCCAAAAACACACAGAAGGGCUGCUGUAAGUGAGAAAUGGCUCACUUGCAAGUUUUGUGGGAAGAGUUUUCCAUAUUUAAGUUACCUCAAGAGGCAUCUUCGUAUUCAUACGGGGGAGAAACCAUACAGCUGCGUGCAGUGUGGGAAAAGGUUCUCUGAUGUAAGCAACAAAAGAAAACACGAGAGAAUACAUAAAGUAAACCGACCCUUCCAUUGUUCUCAGUGUGGGAAACAUUUCACCGGCCGCUGUCACCUUAAACGUCACCAGAAAACUCAUGCUGGUGAGGUUUAAUGUGUCUGGACGUUUCUAGCAUUAAUCUCAGCUGUGUUACUUUAAGAGGACAGUCCUCUGCAUGUAAAUUAGCCAUAGAUUUCUACCAUUUAGCCUCUUAGAGUGGAUUAGCCUGUGUUUGACUUAAAUUGUUUUGCUUAAUUUACUUUUUACGGUUCCUGAUGAGGCUGAAGCUGGGUACUCGUUCGCAGGAUCUGAAAAGUAUGUUAAUAAUGGUAAUGGCAAUGAUAAUGGUAAUGGAAAUGGUAAUGGCAAUGAUAAUGGUAAUUCAGAUGAUUUUGGUACCGAUGUUAGACACGUGGCCGUUGGCUAUCAAAUUUUGCUGUUCUUCAGAAUUCAUUAAACUUGGAAUCUGA